AUCAUCCUCCAACAUUAUAUUGUUGCUGCUAUCCGCAUCCAUCUUCUAAGCGGUCUAUACCCUCAAUCAGCGUCAAAGAGGAUCACAUCUCUUAAUCAACAACCAUCCGACUAACCCCCUCAAAACAGCCUAAUAACACCUCUCCUGUGUAAAACCCCUCCCUAGACAUCACCAUCCAUAAUGUCCGAACCCGUUGCCGCCGCCCCUGCCGUUGCCGCUCCUGCGGAGCCCGUCGAGGUUGAGGCUCCCAAGGAGGAAGUCGCCGCUGCCACCGUUGAGGCCCCUGCUGCCACGGAGGCUCCUGCUGCUGAGGCCGCUGCCCCCGCCGAGCCUACUGAGGUUGAGGCUGCUCAGCCUGCCGAGGAGGCCGCUCCUGCCCCUGCUGAACAGCCUACCGAGGGUGCCAAGGCUGCCCCCAAGGCCAGCCCGAAGAAGCCCAAUUUCUUCUCCAAGCUCCUCAACACCCUCAAGGGUGACGUGAAGAAGGCAGAGCACGCUAUCGAGGGUGCCGCUAAGGGCGUCACUAAGCCAAAGAAGGAAGUUAAGAAGGAGGCUGCUCCCGCUGCUGAGUCCGCCCCGGCUGCCGAGGCCCCUGCUGCUGCUCCUGCAGAGGAGGCUGCUGCUCCCGCGGCGCCUGCAGAGCCUGCGGCCGAGCCUGCCGCGGAGCCCGCUGCCCCCAAGGCUGAGGACCCUGCUCCGGUCGACGCGGUCAAGGACACUGAGGGUGCUGCCCCUGCUGCUCCCGCCCCCACCGAGACGCCUGCCCCUGCCAAGAAGGAAGAGGCUACCGCCCGCCCGAAAGCCGUUGGCCGCAACUUCUCCAAGCGCCUGAGCGGUGUCUUCUCCGGUCUCGGCAAGAAGAAGGAAGCUCCGGCUGCCGCUGCCCACAAGGUUGACGAGCAGCCCCCAAAGAUCGAGGAACCUGCUCCGGUCGCUCCCCUUGAGGAGCCAGAAGCGGCUGCCGCUGCUCCUGAGCCCACGGCUGAGGCACCCAAGCCCACCGAGGAGCCUGCAAUCCAGACAACCACCAACUCCCCUCAGGUCAUCUCUGCCGCGGCAUAAAUGGGACUUUCGUGUGUUCACUCUGGAUCGAUCGAUGUCGCUUGCUGUCCUUUUCUUCACUGCUAACGAUUCCGCCACGCCUCUCGAUUUUCUCCGUUGAUCCAUUUUUGGUUCUACGGAGCCAUUAUGACGUUCCCCUCUGUCUAUUCACGUCCAUGUCCACCCUAUCGUACAGUCAGUGCGACGUUUUCCUUCCUCUACGCCGUCCUUUCACCUUCCGUAAUACUUCGCUACAUACACCCUUCAUACGCUCGUCAUGUCGGAUCGUUGGACAUCACUAGAUGUUCAUCGAUUAGUAUACCAUUGAUGUAGUGAAGCUAGCUCGUUUCUUGGUGGAUUGGAAUGUCCAUGUUCUUAUGCG